AUGAGUAUAUUUGGGGCUAUAUGUCUGGGAAGACCAAUGAUACUAGCAGAGCAAGUUGAUCAAACCAAAUUUGUCAUCAACAUCCCCAAUGCGUCCAACAUUUCAUACAUAACCAUCUUUAUUCUUCCCAACUCACCCUUUGUUGACAAUAAUUUUACUGCAUUAAUUUAUUUCCAAUUACCUCAAGAAGCUGGUGCUGGCACUACAUCAACUGGGGCACCCGAAUUCAAAUUGCUUGGUGGUAUCAAUCCCAGUAAGCCAUCAGCAAUAUACAAAAUCAGCAAUAUUCAUCCCACAACUAAACGAGCAGAUGAUGGAAUGGACUUGGAAAUGGGUGGAGGAGACCCAAUCGACUUGUCUGAUUCAGUAAGUAUCAAUAUCGGCAUUUCAAUUGAACCAACACCACAAGCAGAACAAACCAUCCUACAAUCAAAGCAGAAUAGCAACCCCAACAACAACGCCCUAGUUGCGGCUUCAAGGCCGCAAAAGUCAGCCGCCAACACGCCAGACACCACAGCCAAAUUGGCCAAUAAAAUUGUAGGACAUGCCUACAAUUACUUGGCUAGUUUCAUUGAUCCACAGGGAAAAGUACCCAUUAAAGCAUUUGAUAAUUGGUGGGACAAGUUCAAAGCCAAAUUGCAAAACAAUCCAAACUUUUUAAAUGAGAUCCUGGAGUGA